GCACUGUUCAGUCAAGGCCAAGGCUCGGCACUCUCAAGGUGGCGCUGUUCCUCUAGGGGCUGACCCAGUGCCUCUCAUGCGCGGAGUGACGGAAGCAGCGCGCGCCAUUCCGCUCUUUCGCUAUUCCCGGUGCAGGAAUGUUAUGAUAAAAGCCUUUAGGAUUAGUGCCUAGAUAUGCUAUUGCGAGUGAGAGCCCGGGCGGGGGUGCCUGGCUUGGUCUGCCUGGUGGCGUGCGUGCUGGCGGACGUCACCCACGCCCUCAGACAUGGACACGAACCCGGCAACAGAGCGGGCCGCCGACUCCAACAGCUCUUCCCGGAGGAGGAGAAAGUCUUGGCCGACUUCGCGAGUGAUGUCAGCGGCCCGAGCAGACGCCGCUGCCGUCGCGACAUCGUGGAGAAGAUCCGGGAGGCCUCGAGCACGCGCCUGCUCUCCGCGGGCAGCCUGGGUUCCUCCUUCUCCCAAGGGUACAUCGACCUAGGCUCCCGGGACCUCGUGGAGGAGGGCGCCGCCACGCUCGCCUUCGUCUUCGACACCACGGGCUCCAUGUCCGACGACCUCAUGCAGGUCAUCAACGGCGCCAGCAGGAUCCUCAAGACGGUCCUCGAGAAGUUCGAGCGACCCAUCCACAACUACGUCCUCGUGCCCUUCCACGACCCCAACGUGGGUCCCAUGACGGUCACGACGAACCCCGAGGAGUUCCUGAUGUCGCUGCAGGACCUCACGCCCACCAUCAGCGGGGGCGGCGACUGCCCUGAGAUGGCGGUGAGGGCGAUCAAGAUGGCCCUGGAGACGAGUGUCCCUUCGUCGUACAUCUACGUGUUCACCGACGCCAGGGCCAAGGACUACCACCUGCUCGACGACGUGCUCAAGCUCAUUCAGAAGAAGCAGUCGCAGGUAGUGUUUGUGAUGACAGGUGAUUGCGGGAAUCACACUCACGCUGGGUACAAGGCCUUUCAGUCCAUUGCCUCGACGUCAUCAGGCCAGAUCUUCCACCUGGAUAAGAGUAAUGUGAAUAAGGUGCUGACCUUCGUGGAGCUGUCCCUCGAAUCUCGCAAGGUCAACCUGCUCUCCCUCGACCGUGAGACCUUGGACCCGAGAGGAGACCUGCCGCUGCUUGUGGAUCAGACCCUCAAGCAGUUCACGAUUUCUGUGGCCGGGAAGAAGCCCAAGAUCGAGAUCUUCGGACCGCGCGGAGAGGACGUGACCCGGAAGGAGGGCGUCGAGGAGCUGCUCACCCUCGAGAACGUCAAGGUCCUCGGCGUCAAGGAGCCUGAGCCUGGUCGCUACAACAUCUCCGUCGGCAGCGAGAGCGAGUACACGGUGAGGGCGACGGGCCUCUCCUCCCUCAAUUUCGAGCACGGCUUCUCCCUCAAACCCACCACCAACUUCAAGGAGACUUAUCACAGGCCGGUGAAAGGCGGUAUCUCGUACGUCGUCGUCCGGCCGCAUGACGUCACGGAGUUCGGCGACAUCUACCGGCUGCAGCUGGUGUCUCUGGAUGGCGAGGUCCUCGAGGACAUGCCCCUCACGCGGCUCCCGGGGUCUGGGCCGGUCUUCAACGGCACCGCCUUCCCCGCGCCAGACGUCCCCUUCAACAUCAAGAUCUUUGGAAGAGACCAAGAUGGCUACCAGUUCGAGAGAAUAUCCCCGACGGCUACCACUGCCCAGCUCCCAUUCCCGCCGGAAGUGACGUCAGCCUCGCGGGUAUAUGGGUACUUCGGCCGCCCAGCUGUCAUCAUCUGCCACGUGCACACUCUCGUACCCUUCCAGCUGUCAUGGCAGAGGGACGGGAUCGACCUGGGCCCGUCCGUCACGCAUCCACAAUCUGCGGAGGUGGAGUAUGUGGUGGAGUCGCCUCAACGAGACGACGAAGGGCGCUACACCUGCAUCGCCACCAACAGCGCCGGCAGCACUUCGUCCACUGUCUUCCUGGAUAUGAAAGAACCACCCCCACAGAUCACAACCGCCGAGGAGGUGUCUCUGCCGCCCUCUCGCCCCGCCCUGCUCACCUGCGACGUGUAUUCCACCGUGGAACAUAACGUCACGUGGUCCCGCUACAUCAUCAAGGGGCAGGUGCAGGACUACUUCGGCAAGACAGAGACCAUUGGAGAAUUCGUGAACGUGAAGAACGUGAGAGGUUAUCGCAUGCUGUCCAACACGUCGCUGCUUCUGGAGAACGUCACAUCGAACGACGAAGGCUGGUUUAGGUGCAGCGCUGCCAAUGAAGGAGGCCGCUCGUCCCGCGAGAUCCACGUGUCGGUUCAGUCCCCGCCGCAAGUGACCGUGGUGCCGGAAGUGGCACCCUUCAGCGCCGGGGACAACGUGACGGUGUCGUGCGUGGCAAGGGGAUUCCCCGAGCCGCAGGUGUCGUGGCGCAGGUACGACGUCCAGAUCGGCAGGUCGUACACCCGCGUGAGGGAGGACGAGGACCACGCGCUGCACGUGGCCUCUGCGGUGCAUGACGACGAAGGGCCGUAUGUGUGCAUGGCCUCCAGCUCGGCAGGAUCCGCCGAAGCCACGGUGACCUUGGCCUUCAUGGAAAGAGCCAAAGAUCCUGCCGGUGCAAGACAAGGUCCUGGCAGCCAGCGGGGACACGGCUUGGCUCCAGUGUUACGCCGAGGGGACGCCGACUCCCCUCCGUCACCUGGCUGAAGGAGGGGAAGGUCGAGGUGGCGCCCAUGUCCUUCAUUGA